AUGUAUAAUAUCCAUAAUGUUAUGGAAGAUAACAUAGCCAAUGUAGCUUUUAAUAAAUCGGAACCAAAAUCUAUUAUUACUGGCAAUAAAAAAUUUUUACAGCCAAAUUUGAGUACUAAAAAUUUAAAUAAUUCCCUAGAGUUAAAAAUUCUCUUUGAUUCCUUGUUAAACACUUGCAAAAAAUCGGCAAACUGGGAAUUUAAUAUUGAUUUAAUCUCAUACAAGAAUAAUAAAUCGGAUUUUCUAUCAAACCUUUCAAAAUUACAGCAAUAUAUAAGCAGUUUUAAUAUUAAGGACGAGGAAGAAGCUUUAGCAUAUAAAGAAAUCUUUAAGGAUUUGUGUUAUUAUUUCCUUGAAUUGAUAUGUGAAGCGGAUUUGUUAUCGAUAACAAAGAAUUAUUCAAAUAAGAUUAUAACAACAUUAAAAGUUAUUCAUAAUAAUGCUGAGUUCAUACAUUCUUAUUUGGCUGAGCUUUGUUCGGAUGAUUAUGAUGAGCACACUCACACCGAUGACAGAUUUUAUCACACAGUGAAGCAUAAAUUUUGUAACAUAUACACGAUACUGUCAUCUGAUCUCUUAAACUCACUGAAAAGAGAAGAUGUGCCAAGCCUAUUGAACAAAAUAAUAUCAAAGUACUUAGAAUGUUCUAUAGAUGAUAUUGAUCACAACCAUCGAGAUGAAGAAGUGAAUAUAGCUGAAACUUUCAGUGAAACGGCAAGCAGUCAGCACCCUAGUUUAGAAGGAAUAAAAUGUAUUAAUGUGCUAUUGUACAAUAAGCAAAUAGGAAGUCACGAAGUGGAUAAGAGCCUGAUAGGUCGUCUCUUGAAGCACCUGUUGGUAUUCCUUGAAGAAAAGUCGAGAAAAUAUCAAAGGAUAUCAUCAUUUGCAACAUGCUUGAUAGGGAUAAUGAGAUACAUAGUGGAGGAAAACGCUGAGAUAAAGGUGUUGAGGGCAAUAACAGAAGACAAGGCAGAUUGGACUGGGUUGAGGAGGGAAGACGAGGAUUUGGUGAAUUUAGUGAGGAGGUUGCCAAAGUUGAAUUAUAUAUACGUCAUCAGGUCUAUAGUGAUAUUGUUACACUCAAACAAGUGGACACCUAACGAUGCUUCCAGUGAUGAGAAGUAUGGAAUUCUGAGGAAUUGCUACGAAACCAUAAGAGAAAAUUUGAUGACGAAUAACCAAUUCAUCAUCAACUACGCACUAUUGCAGACAGUGCAGUCGUACACGAUAUUUCUAAGUCAUCAGGAAAAAGAUGGAAAUUUAGCGGAAGGUGUGAAGCAUGGCGGUGAAGGAAAAGGUGACGAGGAGGAGAAAAGAGCUUUGUACAUAGAGAGUCUGAUAGAGUUGAGUAGGAUUCUGGUAAACUACUUUAACAAUAAAAUUAAGACGAUCAGCCACCUUUCGAUAUAUAUCUAUAAGAAGCUACUGCAGGGUCUCUCUUCAACCUUUAGUCGCAUGGCAAGUGAGGAUGCAGCGGGAAACAAAUCGCAAAUGGAUAAGAAGACGUUGGUGGAGAACGUAAUGAGGACAAUGAAAGGGAACAUGACUAUUAAAAAUAAGUACAUAAUACUGGACACGGUUAUUAAGCUGACGAGUGUUGAGAAGCUGUUGGAAUAUGAGCCUUAUUUACUGCUACACCUGAUGGUUAACAUAGCGAACAACAAGUCGACGAUAUCGUCGCUACUAUCGCAACUGUUAUCGCAAAUACAGUUAAUAUUUAAAGGAUUCGCAGCACACUGUAAUAUAGACAAUGAGAGUGUUUUUCCAGAAAAAUAUGGAACGAUAGAAGGGAGAUUAGAUGAAAUAGCCUUCAAGUGCUAUUUAUACCCACCGCUAAUAUGUAUUAUAAAUAAUUAUAGCAUACUCGAAAAUGAAUCUGCUGACAGCAGUCUAGAGUAUUUGAUGCCAACGAAUACUGACGACUGUCAGGAGGGUAAGGAUGAGUAUAGGAGAGAUAGGUGUGACAGCAUAAAUAAGGUCUUGAUGAACAUAAUACCGAACUACACGUUUGAGCUCCUGAAGAUAUCAAACGAGUCGUACAGAUUUGAUUACUUUGAGUACCUGCCGCAGAAGUCGAAGGAAAUAUUGACUGAAAGAAGAAUCAAAAGGGAUAACAUGACUACAGAUUUGAAGGAAUUUUACACACAAAUAGUGAGGAACAUAGUAGAACAAAAGAAGGGGUUAGGAGAAAUAGGUGACAGUGUAGAAGGUACAGAAGCAGCCAAAUUAAUGUCAGAUAACAAUGGUGUUGGAGAAGACGAAGAGCAAAAAAGAAUGGAAAGGAUGGAGUGGGAGAGAAUGGAGAAAAUGAUGGAGUUGGAAGGAGAGUUGAUCGGUGAUAAAAUGGAAGAAGUGUUAGCAGGGGCGAAGAUCGUGGAGUUGUAUGGCAAGAUAAGCUACCACGAAAGCGUGUGUCUGUACAACUUCAGAAGGACUAACAAGGUCUACUUUGUUAACACGAGUGUCGAAGGUAGAAGGUACGACGGCAUCGUAGUUGCAAAUUGCCCGGAGAAGAAACUAAAGAGUAGGAAUUCAGUGGCCAAAGAAGUGUACUACAUAGACAUCAGAAGGUACAUGUACAGCCUGUAUUACGCAGAGGACAUUGAAGUGAUAUUGAACUUGGUAAAGACAGUGUCAGACUGCAGGAAGAUAAGCAAGCUGAUAAGAUCAAAUGAGUUCGCACUGAUUAAAUUUACGCUAAAGCACGUCGAUGAGAAGAUGAUGAGUAAGAGAGCAAUCAAGGAGUAUUUAAUGGGUAAUUUGAAGGAGAUAAUGGAGAUACUGCGAAAUAAUAUAAAUGUGUACAACAAUGAAAACAAGAUCAUGAUAUCAUUAAACGUAAUGUUGAGCAUAUGUGGACUGUUCAUGGAAAGCAGGGAAGGUAAAGGAUUGGAGCAGGAAUCGCACACUUCUCAAAGUGGUGAAGAAACGGUAUUGGAUAAGGAAAUGGAUAAGGAAUUGAUUGAUGAUGUGUUGGUACGAAGGCUGUUUAACCUGUUUUACAGUUUGAAGCCAUGUAACCAUAAGAUACUGCGGAGAAUACUAGGGUAUAUAGGCAGAGAUGAAAUCAAUGGGCUCAUGAGAAGUAAGGAGGAAGCUCUGAUAAGACUGUUGAUGAACUUUAACCAGAACAAAUACGAAAUAGCGUCGAACAUGCUGGAGUUGUAUAUGAAAAACAGCUCAGACGAUGAAAUAAGAAAUUUUUUCAUUAGAGUGAGGAGGUACUACAAUGAUCACGUGAGCAGGAAAGGGAUGGGAAAAAAGGAAACUGAGGCAAGAGAAGAGAGCCAAAAUGGAAAGUUAAUGAUGUUGAACACAGUGUACGAGCUUAUAUGGGAUUACAGAAGUAAUAUGGAAGAGUACCUGGGAAGAAGUAUAACAGUAUCCGGGAUGAUUAAUCUGGUAAACAACAUGAUGGAGCACAUGGACGAAAUCUGCGGAAAAAAGUUGGAGGAAAUGUACAUAUUACUGUUAAAAACACUUAAACAGGUCAUAAAUGAGUAUAUGGCACCAAAAGCAGGAGUUGGAGACGAGAGGACAGAGGAAGGAAGGCUGGUGGACUGCAGAGGAUAUUACAUAAGUAAGUCAGAAAAGGAGGAUGAAUAUGACUGGAGUAACCUAAGAAUAAUCGGUAGAAGCUGCACAUGUGCACUGUACGGCGAAGAGGAAUAUUUAGAUGGAGCCGUUGGCUGUGGACAGAGAGAGCCCUCAAAAACAGAGAACAACACUAGAAAUGUUGGUUUCACCGGUAAAACGGGCAGUAAAGAAGUUUGUGGUUACGUUACUGUGGUUGACAAUACGUGUAAUGACAAUCCAGUAGCUUAUAAUACGUGUAAUGACAAUCCAGUAGCUUAUAAUACGUGUAAUGACAAUCCAGUAGCUUAUAAUACGUGUAAUGACAAUCCAGUAGCUUAUAAUACGUGUAAUGACAAUACAAGCGCUAUUCAUGGUACGGAAAAGGAGUGCAGGCUUGGGAGAAGAUACGAAAUGAACAGCAGGAACGAGUUUAAGCUGUUCAACUACCUGAUCUACAAAAUGGUGCACGAGCUGGUGAGUGCGCUGCACAGUAUGGCGAACGCGUUCACGAGUUCGGCAGUAAGUGGCUUCAGCUGGAGCAGGAGCGAGUCGGCGGAGAGGCUGGACGAACUGACGAGAACGAUGAUGUAUUGCAUAAUCAACUGCAGGCACGUGGGCUGCAACGACAUGUUCAACAGCCUGCUGCUGUAUUCGCUGCAGAAAAUGCUGGAGCUCCAGAAAAACAACAGGUUCCUGUACAGCUACGUCUACUACCUCACAGAUCUGAUCGUGUCAAGACACAGUAGCUUUAAGAGCGGAGGAAAGUGUGUUGACAAGGGGCUCGAAGAAGACGAGAGGCUCCUGAGCAGCAAUGUCAUAGACAUACACACGAGGAGCGAGCACCUGUCGCUGAUAUUCAUAUCGAUCAUAAAGUCUGAGAGCAACAAGAAGAUAUCGGACCUGAACAACGAGAUCAUAUUCAUGCUGCUCUACAUAGUGGAUGCGAUAGAGCACGAGAAAGCGCCAACACUCCCAGUCAUUAAUGGCGUUGGGAGCGGAGGAGUCACGAGUGCAGUUAACCUUAGUCGGGGGACGGAAAUAGGGGAAUCGACGGGAGACAGGACCACCGUCGUCAUCAACGUGCUGAACAUCCUGAGGUACAUCUACCGCUGCAUAGACAUGAAGUACAUGAACAACGAAAACGUGGCGGAGGUGAUCAGAGUGUGUCUGAGGCACAUGAGGAGCGAGAACUGGUCGGCGAAGAACGCGUCGUCGCUGCUGCUGUCGACAGUGCUCUCCUCGCUCAACGCAAACCAGCACCUGCUGAGCAGUGGCCUCCUGACGAGCCCGCGGCUCCUCGGAGAGCUGAGCGGAAUCAUGAGAGGCAGCACGGAGGAAGUGGCCUACUACACGCUGUACGUGCUGCAGCUGAUGCUGCACCAGAGCAGCGUCAACCUGGCGGAGCUGUUCAGAAAGACGGACCUUGUGGAGAGCGUAAAGGCGCUCCUGGGGGCGGAAAACCUGUACCUGAGGAGACUCGCAGCGUCGGUGCUGUCAAGCUACUAUGCACAGGCGGAUGGCGAAGUGGAACAAAUCCUUAAGUUGGAGCGAGAAUUGGAUGGCGCUUCAGCAGACGCAAAUCGUUUAAGUGGAUUCUUAAUGCUGAUUAAGAGUGCCAUUGAGUCUACGAACGCGGUUAGAAGUAAAAGUACCAUUGACGCGCUCCUAGAAAUGCUAGGAAGGAUCUGUGACAAGAUAAAUACAGUUGAAAACUACAUGUUGGCAAGGGAGAUACUCAACCUGGUUCUGAGGCUGGACGAGUGUCUAAACAGCUGUAAAUUGAACAAGUAUCACGAGUCGGAACUAUUGGAGGUAAAGGCCAGCAAGAGCGUGGGAGUGGAUGUGAACGCGUUUGAAGGAGAUUGCUAUAACAUGUACCUAGUAAUGAAGUACCUUGAGAUGGUAAUAGAGGGAGACCAUGCGGAAAUGAGCACGCUUGAUAAACUAUACGGGCUAAUAGUGAAGCAUAAGCAGUACAUACAGCUUUGCACAAACUAUUUCAGAAUCGUCAAUAAAAUGGUGAGAAAUAGAGUGGUGGCCAGUGUGAAGUGUAUUGAUGAGCGGUUGAGGCUGUUCGAGGAGUUGUACGGCCGCAAGUAUUGUGAACUGGUAAGAUUCUGUGUCGACAACGAGUUGACAAGCAACAACAGCCUGUACACAGAACUGUUUAAGUCUUUAUACUACCACUUCAUAGUGGUGGCCGGUAAUAAGGUGACCAGUGGGAGUGUUUUGAGGAAAAGGCUCCUGAGAACACUUGGGUGUAUCCUGGUAAACAACUGCAACAGUGGCAGCGACCUGGAAUUGAAUAUAAGGCUGGAAAUAUCUUCAGUCUAUUUUGACACGUUUCGGCUACUGAGGCCAUCAUACAGCACAUGCGUGGACGAAGAGGAGAGGAUGUUGCUUCGGAGAAAUUGGAUAUGCCUAUUCUGUAACAUGUUGACGCUGCUCCAGGACGAUAAGGUAGAAGUGCGCGCCAAUAUGAUGAAUUUAAUACGGAUGCACAUCGUCAGCAGCAGGGCGGCCUGCUGUAACCGUGAUCAUAAUGCUAAGGCUAAUAAAUCUGAUGACCCUCUUGGGAAUAGUAAUCACAGGCGCAGUCACAAGGCCAAGGCUACUGUGACUGAGAUUACUGGCGGUGAGGCGGAUGUGGACGAUGGUUCUCGUGGCAAUCGUGGAAAGACGGUGCUGGACGACAACAGCUACGAAUCUAGGCUUUUGGAACACGCAGUCAACGCAUUUGGCAUCGAUGACACGCUUUCGCUCUUUCACCACUACUUGCUAAUCGACCUUAACGCGAUUGGGGACUUGAUGGAGUCCAAAGGCUCCGAUGAACAGAUAUACGAGGAGGAGGACAACAACAUGUACAGGGAGCCGAUGCUCAUAGUGAAGAGCAUCCUGGCAGUUUUGGUGGACUGCGUAUCGCAACAGAGAUUCGUAGAGCAAAUACACUCGUUCCUAACCAAAGUUAUCAGCUCAUAUCAGAACGCGCUUAACAGAAUAUUCUGGGACCACGGUGGUGAAGAAGACGACAGUAAACGGUUUGCAACUGAAAAGCUGACUAGGCUUGGCUUGAAGGGGCAUAAGCACAUCCUAACUAACGCGAUUAUUCUAUUCUUGCUGCUUGCAGUGAAGAUUUAUUUGAUUAAGCGGUGUUACCACUCUGGCAAUCGCGACUACCAUCUUGGUGCGCACGGGGAGUUGCUAUCCGGCGAUUUGCAAUAUUUUAAGCUGAUUCACGGCAUCGUUGUUACCCAGAGCCCUUCUGAGGCCAUGGACAGUUUGUAUUCGAAGUUGUGUGAAUCACUCGAGGUAUCUACGGGAUGUGAAAGCGUUGACCGCAAUGCAGAAGAGCCAACACAAUUUAUGCUCAAAAACACCUUAAUUUCGCUAUAA